AUGACUCGUCGCCGUGUUAUACCGUGCAGCUCUCCGGCUGCCAGCUCCGUGGCGCAACAAUCGCGCGCUUCAGAGCCACGCACUGAGAGUCGCCCGAGCCACAAUGAAUUGUCGGCGGCGAUGCGCUGCUUGGGCAUAUCGCCUGCCUCGCUACGCAUCCCGAGAUCCGGCGAGAGUGACGACGAGAACGAGCUCUCUGUCUCAUCCGCCAAGAAGUUUUACACAAUCGUCACGUCCGAUCUCCUGAUUCCCGGCGACGGCGACCCCAUCCCUAAAGGCGCUAUUGUCAUUGAAUCCAAGACCAUCGUCUGGGUCGGCCCGCGCGACAGCGUCCCGGACUCGUACCGCCAGGCUAAGCACCGCUCCCAGCACGUGCCCUACAUGAUGCCCGGUCUCUGGGACGUCCACAUGCAUUUCUCCGCCGGCAGCGAGGACCCGGAGCAGAUGGCCAAGCUCAUGACGUACGGUCCCCUCGCCGAGCACCCGGCCACGCAGGGCGCGCGGCUCGGUCGGCAGUGCUGGCAGGCCCUCCAGAUGGGCUACACGUCGAUGCGCGACUGCGGCGGCCUGGGCUGCGAGCUGGCCGCGGCCAUCAACGACGGCGCCAUCCCCGGCCCCAACGUCUACAGCGCGGGCGCGUACAUCAGCCAGACGGCCGGCCACGGUGACCAGUUUAACAUGCCGCCCGGCGACGCCUUGCAGAGAUUUGGCGUCAACAACAUUCGCCCGGGCUUCUUUUGCGACCAGGCCGCCCUGCUCGCCGACGGAGCAGACGAGUGCCGCCGAGCUGUGCGCCUGCAGGUCCGUCGCGGCGCCAAGUGCAUCAAGAUCCUGGCGACGGGCGGCGUCAUGUCGCUGGACGACAACCCCGAGGACGCGCAGUUUUGUGACGACGAAAUGUUUGCGCUCGUCGACGAGGCGACGCGCAUGGGCCGCGCCGUGGCAGCGCACUGCCACGCCAAGGCCGGCAUCGUCGCUUCCAUCAAGGCCGGCGUCAGGACGAUUGAGCACGGCUCCUUUGCCGACGAGGAGUGCGUCGACCUGAUGAAGAAGCACGACAUCAUCUACGUGCCCACGCGCCGCGCCAUCACCUUUCUCCUCGAGAAUAGGGACAUCCUGCCGAAGAAGGUGCGCGACAAGCUGGAGCUGGUGGACGCGCGCCAGCUGGCGGCGUACAAGCUGGCCGUCGCCAAGGGCGUCACCAUUGCCAUGGGCACGGACACGUCGCCGUCGGAGAUUCAGGGCAUCGAGAUCCAGCACGGCGUCGAGGCGGGUCUGACGAACCUGCAGGCGCUGAAGGGGGCGACGGCGACGGCGCCGCUGACGCUCGGUCGCCAGGCGCCCAAGUCGGGACAGCUCAAGGUGGGCUACGACGCUGAUGUGCUGGGCCUGACGGAGAACCCAGCCGACAAUGUCAAGGUGCUGCAAAAGGGCGAGAACAUCAAAUGGGUGUGGAAAGGCGGUAAGCUGUUCAAGGGACCUGGUGUCGGACCAUGGGGCGAGGAGUGA